AUCACAUGGUCUGAAAUGGGACAACAAACCGCCCAAACUAAAAAGGUCUAUUGAAAAGUCCUAAUCUUACUAGAUCUCCUACUCGUGCUCAAAUCUGAAGUCCCCUAACUUGUUAAUUUAUUCUUUCGACUUUUAGUUAGUGAACUUACAAGUAAAGAACUUAUUAAUCUUUCCCCAGACCCCAACACUAACAUUUUGCCUAGCUGGGCAGAGGUUCCCGAAAAAGAACAAAUGGCCAUAGAAGGAAAAAGUAAAACCCUCUAUUGUAUGGCUUAUGGAAAACCGCCACCCACCAUAACUUGGAAGAAAAAUGGACGACAGAUUGUCUCUGGGCAGAAUUCCUUUGAGAUCCCAAGCCACUACCAUGGAAGACUUCUGACCAUCACUAAUGUGAGCAAGACAAUUCAUCAAGAUGUGUACACUUGUGAGGCUACAAAUUCUCUGAGUAAUGAUCAGCCGUUAAUUCGCACCAUCAACUUGGUAGUGAAAGUUCCUCCAAGAUGGACUAAGGGCCUUCCACCAAGGAAGAGUGAUGUUAUCAUCGAACGAAAUGAAACUAUAGACUGUACAGUGACGGCAGAUCCUGAAGCAGCAAUCACGUGGUAUAAAAAUGGAAAACCAUUGCAAUCAUCAAGGUAACUUGACUUUGGAGAU